GUAGCAAUAAAAUUCAAUAUGGCGUCUGCCGCUUUCGUUCGAGGUGCUCGUUUAUUAGACAGAAUUGCAUCUAAACAAGGACAGAGGGUCUUGGCUGUCUCACAAUGUAUGUUGCCACAGCAACAACAACAGCGCCAUCUUUCAAUCCACGAGCACAUGGCGAUGACGUUGCUGCAAAAGAAUGGUGUUGCCGUUCCUAGGUAUAAAGUUGCAAAAUCGGCACUUGAAGCUGAGAACAUUGCCAAAGAAUUUGCUGAGACCACGAAGACUUCAGAUGUAGUAGUGAAAGCUCAGGUGUUAGCUGGAGGCAGAGGAAAAGGAACAUUCAGCAGUGGCCUAAAGGGAGGUGUAAAAAUUGUAUUUUCAUCUGAUGAGUGCCGAACAGUUGCUGAGAAGAUGAUUGGUCAUAAGAUCUUCACGAAGCAGACAGGGGAGGCAGGACGCGACUGUAAUGAUGUCAUGGUUUGUGAAAGACUUUACUCUAGGAGAGAGUAUUAUUUUGCUCUUACCAUGGAGAGAGCUUUUGGGGGCCCAGUGAUGAUUGCAAGUUCUCAAGGUGGUGUAAACAUUGAGGAAGUAGCACAGGAAACACCUGAACUGCUUAUGAAAGAACCCAUAGAUAUCAAACAAGGUAUCCAAAGAGAGCAAGCAGUUAAAGUUGCAACAUUUAUGGGCUUCCCAGCAAACUGUAUAGAAGAAACUGCAGACUACAUCAUGAGGCUGUAUGAUAUAUUUAUAAAACAUGAUGCAACACUUAUAGAAAUUAACCCAAUAGCUGAAGAUGCUUCAGGAAAAGUGUUCUGUAUGGACUGUAAGAUCAAUUUUGAUGACAAUGCAGAGUACAGACAAAAGGAGAUCUUUGAGCUUCAAGAUUGGUCCCAAGAAGAUCCCAGAGAUGUUAGGGCAUCUAAAGCUAAUUUAAACUAUAUUGGUCUAGAUGGCAGUAUAGGAUGUCUAGUAAAUGGUGCUGGUCUAGCCAUGUCUACCAUGGAUAUAAUCAAACUUCACGGCGGAGAACCUGCUAACUUUUUGGAUGUGGGUGGUGGUGCCACUGUAGAACAAGUCAAAGAAGCUUUCUCUCUGAUCACAUCAGAUAGUAAGGUCCAUGCUAUCCUAGUUAACAUAUUUGGAGGGAUUAUGAGGUGUGAUGUCAUUGCUAAAGGAAUUAUAGCUGCUGCACAGGAAUUGAAACUUAGGAUACCUAUUGUAGUAAGAUUGCAAGGUACUCGGGUGGAAGAUGCCAAGGCCCUCAUAGCUGCCAGCGAUCUGAAGAUUUUGGCCUGUGACAAUCUAGACGAGGCUGCUAAAAUGGUGGUAAAACUAUCCGACAUCGUUGGUCUAGCCAGAGAGGCAUCUCUUGACGUGAAGUUUGAAAUACCCCUAUAGACACUCCCAACCACUAGGAUAAUACAUCUCAACAAAUUCAUCCCUAAAUCUGGCUCCCAAAUAACAAAUGGUCACUCGCAAAGAAAAUUGCCAAAUAUUUAUUUAUUGUAAAAAGUAUUCCAAAAUAUUGAAAAUUUUGGACGAUGCACAGUAAAUAUGCACCCUGUAUAAAAGAAACACUGAGUAUUGUAAGUUGUAACCCAGUUUUAUUUUGCAGCCAUUGCAUUUAAAAAAAUUUCGAUUGAAAAUGAAUUGUAUAUCUCAAAAUUGACUCUGGAUUUAUUAGAUAACAUUUGCACAACAAAAUUGUCAAAUUAAAUGCCGUGAAAUGAAAAUGGGUUACAGUAUAGAAUAUAACAAAUAUGAAAUAAUAGUAAGAAAUGAGAAUUUGUUAAUUUAAAAUGAUGUUAUAUUUCGCUCUCCACACAAUACAAAUAAACAAUCUGUUGCUCUGUAUACAUACAUAACAUUCAGAAGCAGUAUGAAAUAAGGAAUAUGUGUCUUACUGUUAACCUAGAAAAGUUUGCAUGAUUAAAUAAUUUGUUAAAAUGAACUAUAGGAUCGAGUUUCUGUACUACAGGAGUUUAUGUACUACAGAAGUUUCUGUA